AAAGGAGAAAAUAAAUGAAUGAAAAAAAAACUUUUGUUUUCUUUAACAUGUCAAUGUGGAAGUGUUUAGAUUGAUGGAUUUGCAAAAUUGUUAUUGAUGGAUGGAUAAGUUGUGCCGCGGUGAAAUCGAUUUUCGCUCGAAUCUGCGAGCUUUCAGAAGCUUAUCUAAUCUACUAGACUCAACCUGCAUUGUUGUUCUUUUUUUUUUCUGUUGCUGCUAUGUUGAGAUAGAGAUAGAUGAUGAUGAUGAUUACGAUGAUUGAGUUCGAUGAUGUUAUAGAACUGAUUUCGAUUGCGCUCGAAUCAGUUGAUGCGAGAUGUGCAUCCCGUUGGGACCAUGCCGAGAGAGGAAUGUAACAAUCACCGCCACCACCACCUCGUCGAUGACGACGUCCACGUCACCGAUGGGCAGUGGAUUGCUGCAGCUGAUGAGCUGGAAUCUGACGGCUGAAUGCGAGCAGCAGCAGGAUGGACAGGACGUCCCACAUCCCGACUUCAAUACGAUCAUAGACGACUUGUCUAAUGUGAGCUUCAUCAAUGAGCUGUGGGAGGUCGCCUCCACGUCCGAGAUCGUCGUGAAGAGCGUCCUGUUCGUGCCGGUCGUGAUCUGGGGCAUCCUUGGGAAUCUGUCGCUCAUCUUCGUCGUAGUCAGGAAUCGUCAUCUGCAAUCGCCCACGAAUCUGCUCAUCUGUAACAUGGCCUUGGCGGAUCUCCUCUCGCUUCUCAUCCAUCCGUGGGUCUUCCUCAUCAACGAUUUCUUUCAGAAUUAUCAGCUCGGCGAGUUCGGCUGCAAAGUGGAAGCUGCAAUAGAAUGUGCCCUGCUUCUCACGAGCGUGAUGAAUCUGUCCGCGAUCAGUUACGAUCGUCUCACCGCUAUCGUUCUCCUGCAGGACACGAAACUGACAGAUCGUGGUGUCAAGCUGGUGAUGGGCGUCACCUGGAUUGCGGGACUGAUCAUAGCCACGCCUCUGUUCUUCCUGCGAACGUACAAGGAGCGACAGUGGUCGGAUUUCCUGGAAAAGUACUGCACGGAAAACACGAUCGUGACGAACAUCUAUUGGCACGUCAUCAUCACGGUGAUGGUGUGGCUUCCACUGAUCAUCAUGCUCGCCUGCUACAUCACAAUCUUCGUCAAGUUGUCCAGGUACGAGAGGGACGUUCGCAGCAGGGCGAGGGCGCGCGCCACCCAAGCUCGGUACAGGGCGAAGGUCGCUAGGACGAUGUUCACCGUCGUCAUCGUCUUCAUCAUCUGCCAUCUGCCGUUCACCGCGCUCAUCUUCUACCGCAACAAGCUGCUCCAGGAUCACGUCAUCUCGAGCCCCGAGUCCGUGCAGAACGUCGCCAACGGCAACUACCAGAUCUUCUGGUUCGUCUCCAAGUACAUGAUGUUCAUCAACGCCGGCGCCAAUCCCGUCAUCUACGGCCUCCUCAACGAGAAGUUCAGGCGCGUCUUCAAGUCGACGCCCGUCGUCAAGUGGAUCUUCCUCUGCCGUCUUCCCUCCAAGAAGCGCGUCACCAUCGUCCUCGACGACGACAACAAACCGUGCAAGAGUCCCGGCACCAAGGAAACGGUCGUCGUGGAUACCAACAAACCACCGAACAAAUUGUUCACCAUCUUCAAGACGCCCUUCUACAAGCACACCAAUUAAUCAAUAACGAAUAUCUGUAAUUAUAUUAAAGAAUUUAAUGUAUUUAAUUACAA